AUGGGACCCUUUCCCCCCGUUCUUCUGAAUGAAGGUAGUCACUACUACUACUACUACUACUACUACUACUACUACUACUACUACUACAUACCAGUAUUCAUCUCUGGAGUCCUACUCAAGAGCGCUGUAUCAAUCAGCCAUUUCCUGUCCCAUCCACCGUCCUUCUGCCCUCGGGGUGGUCUCGAACCAAGAAUCCUGGAGCUCUGUUGUUCAGACUUCAGACUUCAGACUUCAGACUUCAGACUUCAGCGUCCAGCUGACAUUUCUGUUUUCUUUUUUUAUCGUGUUUAUUUUUUCUACACGGUAUUUAUUUAUAUUCCCCGAGCCACGCAAACCUCCAAGCGCUGUUUGCUGUUUAAAGCGACGCCAGACCGAGACAAACCUUGGGAAGCACCAGCCGCAGGAAGCCAGUGGCUCCGCUCAGAAAAAUCACAAAGGGCUUCCCCCGUCCAAGCCGCUAUCCUGGCGCUAAUUCCAGACUCCGCGAAACGUUUCCUUUGCUUCUCUCCCUCCCUUGGCCCCGCUGCUGCUGCCGUUGCCGCCGUUGCCGCCGUUUCGCCCUCAUCCACCCGAGACCAUCCGCCUCCACGACCUUCCAAGACGCCUUCAAGCAGGCCUAGAAGAGGCCCACGGCCAUUUUCGGUAUCCCUCCCCCUGGCAUAUGGAGAUAUGUUGAUGCCUCGAGAGGCCCUGCUAGUCGGCUCCGCGCCGUCCGUGAGCUCGGGAUCGCAUGCUGGUUCUAGUACCCCGAGCUCGACAUCACUCAGCCGCCGUCGCCCGUCGAGCGCUGAAUGCUGCGGCUAUGCCCACGGCCGCAAAAGCGACGAGUCGUUAUCCGCGCUGUCGCUGUUCGGGCAUGAGAAAGUUGUCGCCUCGGCUAAUGGGAUUGCCGUUUCCAUCUGCCUGGCUGAGCCGGUGCUGUUUCUUGAAGGGUUCGAUCGCAAUAACGCAGACACCACCAAGACAUCGAUUCUGCGGGGGACCCUCCGCUUGAAGCUAUCCAAGCCGGCGAAGAUCAAGAAGAUCUGUUUGAACUUCAAGGGCAUGGGACAGACGAAUUGGCCUGAAGGUGGUUCCCCACUUGUUCCUUUGCUGUUCCUUUCGUUUCCUUUUAUUAUUUUUACAGGAGUUCCACCCAAAAAGAACCAAUUCCACGAGAACCAUGCAAUAUUGAAUCACACCUGGAUGUUAUUCAAUGCGCAGCUCCCAGAUGCCGAAUAUAGCCACGGAGCCGACCACAUCAGACUCAAGGUACCAACGGUGUCGACGAAAGAGCUGGCAGCGUCGACAAUCGAGCUCCUCGCACUUUCCACUUCAAAUUUGUCGCGGGCGAAACAGUCCAAAGAUGUCAAAAAACUGUCCCUUCAGUCAAAUUGCUCACGGAGCUUUGCGAAAGGCGAAUUCCCCCAUCAUGGUGAACCCAGUGUAUUGGCGAGAGGCUUCAAGCUUUUCGAGCCCGGCGAUUAUUGGUACAAUUUCGAGCUCCCUAUCUCCUCACGGUACCCCGAGAGCAUAGACUCGCCUGCGGGCUGGGUUAGGUACAUGUUAGAAGCAAGUGUUGAACGAUCAGGGGCAUUCCGUCCGAACCUCCUCGGCCACAGAGAGGUGCCGUUUAUCCGGACACCCCCGGAGGGGUCCCUGGAGCACGUCGAGCCCAUUGCCAUUUCGCGAACGUGGGAAGAUCAGCUACACUACGAUAUCGUCAUUUCGGGCAAAUCUUUCCCGCUGGGUGGGCAGGUCCCCAUUGCCUUUAAGCUGACGCCCCUGGCGAAGGUCUCGCUGCAUCGCAUCAAGGUGAUUGUGUCCGAGAACACCCAGGUCGUGGCGAAUAACAGGACAUAUCAUAGAGUCGAUGGGUCGAAGAAGGUGCUUUUGUUCGAGAAGCGCGCGGAUUCGCAGAGUACCAGUGCGUUUCCCGGUAGUGUUUGUAGGGUAACUGCUGGUGGCGGUGUUGCGUAUGAUGCUCGAAGAGAGGCCGCCGAGGGAAUAGAAUAUGUGAACCCACGGAACACCAAUCUGCUGGGGGAUCUGGAGGAGAGCUUUGAAGUCGGCCCGACGGAGAUGGAGUUCAAUGUGCAGCUUCCUACCUGCGCAGAACUGAAGAAAAGAGACCCUAUUCGUUCGCUACAUUUUGAUACUACGCAUGAGCAACUACAGAUACACCAUUGGAUCAAGAUCGUUCUCCGCCUCUCGAGAACAGACGAAAGAGACCCCAGCAAACGCCGCCAUUUCGAAAUCUCCAUCGACUCCCCCUUCCACAUCAUGUCCUGCCUUGCCACGCAAUCCAAUAUCUACCCGCCCGCCUACUCCUCGCCGAUCCAACCCGCCGUCCAACGCCAAAAUCUCUACUGCGGCUGCAAGAUCGCCCAGCGAGACUCCACCACCCCGCCAUCAUCCUCUAGCGGCAGCAGCAAUGGAACCGGCCUAAACAACUUUGCACGAUCAAACGACACUGGUACCCUUGCUGCUGCUGCUGCUGCUGCUGCUACUGCCGCCGCCCACCCCACCCGCACCUUAACAAACAACACCAACCCCACCAACCCCAACCGCUUCAGCAACAGCAACGGGAAUGCCAACGCCCGCCACACCCCACGCCCCAUCCACCUGCUCCGCAUCCCUUCCUUCGCGCCACCGUCCUUCGACGACCUGACCCCGCCCCCGCCCCCACCCCUCCCCACCCCACCGCCAGAUUACACCACGAUCGUGCCGGACGACGACCCGCGUGCGGGCCUGCACGAUUACUUUUUGCGGCUGACGGUGGCGGAGCGCGAGUACGAGGAGGGCAUGCGCGGGCGGUCGCAUGUCGACGUGCCGCUGACGCCGGGCGGGAGGGUGCAUCGAAGCAUGGAUAUCCCGAGGGAGCGGGUUGUGGAGGAGGUGUGGGGUGGGAAUGUUGCCGGGGGCGGGGGGAAUGGGUGA